AUGUCGCUCAUGCAUGUCAGAGGAUCUAGCUCGUUGGGAACGGCAGAUUUCAUUUGCAAGUGGCCAGCCACCCUGAGCCUGCCAACGAACGCCAGUGUGAUCUGCAUAGGAGGGUUCCUCUUUGGCUAUGAUUCUGGUAUUGUUGGCGGCGUCUUGACUCUCAAGUCCUUCCAGCGCGACUAUGGCUACACCAAUGCAGAAGCAACACGGACCAAUUCGCUGUCUGUCGGACUCCAGCAGCUCGGGGCCUUCGUCGCAUGUUUCCUCGCCUGGCCCUUGACCGACUUCCUCGGGCGCAAGAAGGCGUUGAUGAUCUCCAGCCUGGUCUUCUGUAUCGGUGCACUCAUACAAACUGUGAAUACACACUCGCUGGCGGCCUUUUAUGUCGCGAGGGUUAUAGCCGGGCUGGGACUGGGCACGGCGACGGUGGUUGUGCCUAUGUUCAGCUCAGAAAUGGCUCCCAAGGAGAUCAGAGGACAAAUAGGGAGCUUCUUCCAGUGGUUCUUUACCUUCGGUAUCUUUACCAGUUACUGGGUCGAUUAUGGCGUGGCUCUGGGUCCGAGCAACGCGCGGCAGUGGCAGAUCCCCGUCGGUCUACAGCUGGUCCCUGGGGCCCUCCUUGGUCUGGGGAUGUUGACGCUCAAGGAGAGCACUCGAUGGCUUACCAAGAAAGGCCGUCAUGAAGAGGCAUUUGAGAGCCUGAAGUGGAUCCGGGCAGACGACUCACAAGCCGUGAUCGAUGAGAUGGAAGACAUUAGGCUUGGAGUCGAGAUGGAAGCUCGCGCGACCGAAGGCUUCCAUGUCACGGAGCUUCUUCAGGGUGAUAACUUCAAGCGAGUCUUCACUGGGUUCGCCAUAUUUGCAGCACAGCAAGCCACUGGCGCCACAGCCUUUGCCUACUUUGGACCACAGUACUUCAAGAUCCUCGUCGGGUCGGGCAAUAAGGACCUGCUGCUUACUGCGAUCUUUGGGGCUAUCAAGGUCGUGGCCUGCGGACUCUUUGUUUUGUUGGUCUCGGAGCGGGUCGGCCGGCGAAAUGUGCUGAUUGGAGGAGCAGCAUUCAUGGCCGCUUGCCAGAUUACCACAGGUGCCGUCGUCAAGGCGAUCCCGCCACCGGAAGAAGGCAAGGUCACCAGCGCGGGCAUCGCCACGGUUGCUCUGAUCUACCUGUUCGUCAUCGCGUAUAACUUCAGCUGGGGCCCAAUGCCGUGGCCGUACGUGUCUGAGAUCUUCCCAGCUCGUAUCCGUGAACCAGGUGUCUCCAUCGGGGUCGGGUCACAGUGGUUGUUCAACUUUGUCUUCUCUCUGACCACCCCUUACAUGAUAACGAAUAUGGGUUGGGGUACUUUCCUGCUGUGGGGCGUCUUCGACGUUGUCAUUGCAAUUCUCGCUUUCUUCUUUCUCAAGGAGACCAAGGGCUUGUCUUUGGAAACCAUCGCACAUCAGGAUUUUAAGAAGGGGAGCUCGGAGAACGACAUUAUACAAACCAAGCAGCAUGACGAGACCGCCCUAUGA